UGACAAAUGAUUUCACUUAAAUUUCAUAUCAGCGCAUUCAUUGGUAAAGCGGUUUGCAAGGGUGAGGACGUAGUCUCUUCUUUGUUUCAUAAGUUGGUACCUCGUCAUGUGGUUCUACGUCACACGAGCAACAGCCAAUCAAAAUUGAAUACAGUGAGUCAGCGUCAGCUGUUCCCUCGUAUUAAUUCACUGCUUUUCCUCAUUGGUCGUCAUUUUACGUUUUCACAUACUCACAUUCGAUCAAGUACUGAAAGUGGUUGAAGGUGUUUCGUCCUAAGUUCUUUACUGAUUUUAGUAGAAAAAACCUUUGUAGUCUCAUUUAAAUUUAUCAAGUGUGAAUAUUUCGCCCUCUAUCAAGUUUAAAAUCGUGGUUCAUUGGAGAGAUGCAUGAAGAAAAGAAAAUCAUCCUGCAUCCAGCUAACACAGAAAACCCUCCUGAAUGUCCUCAUGGACCAACCCUAUUGUUCUCUCGAGGAGUUGAAGCCCGAAGAUUUUAUGCUUGUUCAGCCUACAGAGAUAGGAAAUAUUGUGACUUUUUCCUUUGGGAAGAUGACAAAAUAACAGAAGGGAAAAAGUUAGCGUGGUCAAUUGCUAGAGAUAAACUUCGACCGAAUCUAAAAUAUAACAAGUUGAACACUGUUUUAGGUGAAGUUAAGAAAGCUUCACCGAGCAGGAGAGGGUAUUGCAAUACUUGUUGCUGCUUGUUUGUGUCUGAAGGUGUUAAUUCUGCCCACAAAAGUCAUGAUGUGAUCACUAACAUAUCAGACGAUUCACUGUCUCAUCCUUCAAAACUCAUUAGAUUAAAAGAAAGUGCUAAGAAAGAGUCUCAGUUCUUGUUCAGUCCCUCUACAGUUGGUUGCUUUGUAUCAGGCUUAACAUCUCUCGAUGUAGAAAAAUUAAUCUGCAUUGGAACGCCAUCAUUGAAAGAAAAUUGCCAGCUUCCCAGCUUGCUUUUAGACAUCGACCACCGUUAUGCUUCCUUCUAUGACAGCACUGAAUUCUUAUGGUUUAACAUGAGCAAUUUUCAUUUCUUUUCUGACAAUGGCUUAGAUAGUUUGAAAAAAUUUGUUGCCACCUCAAAAUGUGCGAUUGUCGUAGACCCACCAUUUGGUGCUCUUUUGGAGCCGAUCAGUACAUCUCUGUCAAAAAUCAUCUCUGAAUGUAAUUUGUCAAAGCCUCCAGUAUUGUUGGUAUUGCCUUAUUUCAUGGAAAAACAAGUAUCGAAUUAUUUUCCUGAUUUGAUUAUGCUUGACUAUGAAGUCAACUACAUAAAUCACAAUAAAUUCAAUGCUGGUGGUAGAAAGCAAGGAUCCCCCGUUAGAAUUUUCACCAAUGUCAAAAAGUUUCCAUUACCCAAGUCGGAUGGGUAUCAUUUGUGUGAACUGUGCUGUAAAUGGGUCAGUGACAAAAACAGACAUUGCUCCAAGUGUAAUGAUUGCACAUCCAAAAAUGGCAGCACUUAUAAUCACUGCGACAGUUGUCAGAAAUGUGUCAAACCAUCAUGGAAUCAUUGCAAAAUUUGUCAGAAAUGUACAUUAGCACAACAUGAUUGUUCCUCUGAAGGGACUCCAUUUAAACGAAAGAAAAUUCCCAAAGGUGAAACAAAGCGCAAACAUCAAAUAGACAUCACGACCAGCAAAAAAAGU